AAUCACCAUUGCAAUGAAUAGCAGCACUAAGUAUGCUACAGCAACUCUGGGGAGAAGUGGCACCAGCGUUGGCUCCAAUGUGAAGUCCAGGCUUCCUUCAGCCUCCUCCAGCCACGGCAAGAGAGGCAAUUUCUCUUGUCAAAGUCAUGCCGGAAAUAGUUCUGCCUGUAGCCAUGGGGUUUGCCAAAGCAACUUUUCAAGUGCCAGUUUUAGCGGUGGGUUUGUCGGCGGGAGCUACAGAAGGAGAAUGAGCACGGGAAGUUUCCUUGGAAACAGCUAUGGCGGUUACUCUCAGUUGGGAUAUGGCGAUGGACUCAUUGAAGUUGGUGGUGGUCUAGUUGGCAGCUUUGUUGGUGGGAUGGGUGGCGACCCUGGAGCCUGUGGUGUUGUUUUCUCUUCCGUUGAUGGGAAAAUGAUCAUGCAAAACCUCAACGACCGUCUGGCCAAUUACAUAGACCAAGUGCGAUGCCUGGAAGCUGAAAAUGCUGCACUGGAAACCAAAAUUGAAGAUUUCUUUGCCCAGCAUGGGCACAUUGGUGAAACAAAGGAAUACAGCCACUAUUAUCAACAGAUCGAGGAGCUUAAAAACCAGCUUAUUUGUGCAGCUGUGGAGAACAACAAGAUCCUUCUCAAGAUAGACAACCAUCAGAUGAAUGUUGAAGACAUGAAACAGAAGCUUGAGACCGAAUAUGGCCUUCGUCAGAAUGUGGAAGCUGACAUUAAUGGGCUGCACCCAGUUUUGGAUCAACUGACUCGUAGUACAACAGAGUUGGAGGAUGAAUUUGCUUCACUGCAAGAGGAAAUUUGUAAUCUUAAAAAGACCCAUGAAGAGGAACUGAAGUCUUUGAAAAAACAGACCAGUGAGGUCAAUGUCAAAGUCAGCUCCUGCCCUGGACCGGAUCUAAAGAAAGUCCUGGAGGACAUGAGAUGCAAAUAUGAAGCAAUGAUUGACUUGAACCGCAAGGAGGUUGCAGAGUGGUAUGAAAACAAGCUUGAGGAGGUGAACCAGGAAGUCUGUACAAAUAGCAAAGAAGUGGAAAGUGGCAACCAGAAGGUCAUUGAUCUGAGAAGCCAGCUACAAAGCUUAGAGAUUGGUCUUCAAACCCAGUGCAAUCUGAGGGACACGCUGCAGGUGUCGUUGGAUGAGACCGAGUGUCGCUACGGUGCCCAUCUAGCUGAAAUACAGGACCAGAUCUUGUUCAUAGAGCACCAACUGGCCGAGCUGCGCUUGGAGAUGGAGGACCAGACCCAAGAAUACAAAGAACUUCUGAACGUUAAAAAUCGGUUGGAGCGAGAGAUUGAGACCUAUCGCCACCUGAUAGAAGAAGGGCAGCAAGACCACAUAAGAGGAGGGGGAGCAGGAGUCACCCACCCAUCUUCAGCUGGGAGCACAGGAGGAACAAAUUCUAAGUCCACAAAACGCCAGUCAAGCCAAGCCACAAAUCGCCGUUAGUCAUGCC